AUGACUGGUUCUGGUUCUCCUUGUGGAGCCUGCAAAUUCUUGAGAAGGAAAUGUGUCAGAGGUUGUGUUUUUGCACCUUACUUUUGCCAUGAACAGGGUGCUACCCAUUUUUCUGCCAUUCAUAAGGUCUUUGGUGCAAGCAAUGUCUCAAAGCUCCUUGCACACCUCCCUGUGAGUGACCGUUGUGAAGCUGCAGUCACAAUCUCAUAUGAAGCUCAAGCUAGACUUCAGGAUCCAAUUUAUGGCUGUGUUGCUCAUAUUUUUGCACUCCAACAACAGGUUGUAAAUUUACAAGCACAACUAGCUUAUCUCAGGGAACAAGCAUCUCAGAGCUGUCUCAAUGUCUCUGCAGCUGAAAACCCUAAUGAGAAAUACUUUGGAAAACCUACUACUUUACCCCAAGAUCUUCAAUGUUGGUUCCAGAUGGAGAAUUCCAACGUGGGUCCUCAAUUUCUUCCUAAUCUGUCCACUAAUCCCUCAACAACUCAAUAUUAUGGGAAUACUACUCUGAUGGAUCCAAACCCUAUUGGAAAUUAUGAAAAUUCAGGAACCCUGGAAGAAAGUAUCUCAUUUUCUAGCUUUGAAGAGAGUUGUAACUCCAUGUCCUAUGACAUGCAAGGGCAGUGGGCUUUUCAUGAAGUGGAUAACCUUCAGUAA